AUGGCUAGUCAUCCUACAGUUGAAGAGGUCGAGUCACUUAUCAUUUGUGAAUCAUCACAAAGUAAAGACAUGGAUGGUGAACUUGAUGCUGUUAAUUUAUCAGCCAAAUGUCUUCUGGAUUGUUUAGAACAAAAUACAAUUGAGGAGAUUUGGAAAUUGUCAAGGGUUACAAGCAGUAAAAUUAAUCAUUUUGUAUUUUUUCUUUCUAACGGCUCAUAUAGUUGUACAUGUCUUUUACAACAAAAAAAGCUAUUUAACAAUAAUGAAACAGGUGAAACCACAAAUGAAGAGUAUAUUAAUGAAAUGCUUUUUUAUGGGAAAGUUUGGGGCCUUGUACAUACUGCUGUAAACAAAUGCAUAUUACAUCGUGACUAUGAAUUUGUUUGUUUAAUCGAAGAGUAUUUGAGCAGGAUUCAUAUUAGGGAAGAUGAAUUGAUCAGAGAACAAGAAACCUUGAUGCAUACUUCAUUUAACAGACAUACUAUUGAAGACAUACCACUUGCGAAUCCCCGAAAAGUUACUGUUAAGAGAAGACCAAAAGCAGAAGUCACAAGAAUGCUGCAAAAAUUACAUCACAAGAUACAGGAAAUAAAAAGAAACGUGGACAAUACACUUGCAGAUUUU